AUCAUGUUGGCUACACUGUUUAGUGGGUGCAUAACUUAUUUCAGAACUUUUAGGAUUUUUUUCUGAACGUGAUCUGUAUCAAUCUGUAUCAUUAACUGAUUGUUGGACUUUAUAAUGGCUUACAGAAUAUUAAGGAAAUUUGCAGUUUUAAAGGACAAUACAAGGUUCUAUUCUAGUGGGCUAAAGAAAUGUACACUUAUACCUGGAGAUGGUAUCGGCCCAGAAAUUUCAGCUGCCGUGCAAAAAAUAUUUGAAACUGCCAAAGUGCCAAUUGAAUGGGAAUCAGUUGAUGUUAAUCCAGUUAGGGGACCCGAUGGAAAGUUUGGUAUUCCACAAGCAGCUAUCGAUUCAGUGAAUAGAAAUAAAGUUGGGUUAAAAGGUCCAUUGAUGACACCGGUUGGUAAAGGUCAUCGUUCUUUAAAUUUAGCUUUACGUAAGGAAUUUAAUUUGUAUGCAAAUGUUCGACCAUGCAGAAGUUUAGAAGGAUACAAAACAUUGUAUGACGAUGUUGAUGUAAUUACAAUUCGUGAGAAUACUGAAGGAGAAUACUCUGGUAUUGAACAUGAAAUUGUAGACGGGGUUGUACAAAGUAUUAAAUUGAUUACAGAAGAGGCUUCAACACGUGUUGCUGAAUUUGCCUUCAAAUAUGCCAUUGAGAAUGGACGUAAAAAAGUUACUGCUGUGCACAAAGCAAAUAUUAUGCGAAUGUCUGAUGGUCUCUUCUUAAGAUGUUGUCGAGAAGCUGCCGAAAAAUUCCCGCAAGUGAAAUUUGAAGAAAAAUACUUAGAUACCGUAUGUUUAAAUAUGGUACAAGAUCCCGGCAAAUACGAUGUAUUAGUUAUGCCUAACUUGUACGGUGAUAUCUUAUCCGAUAUGUGUGCGGGUCUUGUUGGUGGUUUAGGCUUAACACCCUCUGGUAACAUUGGAUUGAAUGGUGCUCUAUUCGAAUCGGUCCAUGGUACAGCUCCCGAUAUAGCUGGUCAAGAUAAAGCUAACCCAACAGCUUUAUUACUAUCUGCUGUAAUGAUGUUACGAUACAUGGGCUUAAACGACAAAGCAUUACAAAUUGAAACAGCAUGUUUCGAUACAAUCAAAGAAGCGAAAUAUUUAACUGGUGAUUUAGGUGGUAAAGCUAAAUGCAGUGAAUUUACAAAUGAAAUUUGUAAAAGAAUUGAAGCUAGUAAUAAAUAAAUCUUGAAUGAUUUU